GCAAAAUGCCAUGUCCUGAAUUGCAAACUAGCUCAAAGGUGAAUGUGAUUAGAGAACAGAAGUACAGCAAAAGCAAAGGGCAACAGCAGAGAAGACAGAAGUUCUGAAAGACACAGACAUACAGAGUGGGUGAGAUACUCCUAAUUGUCUCCUUUCCAGCUAGAUCUUGAAGAAAAAAUGGCCACGUCUCAGAUUGCAACCUUUUCCAUGUUAGUUUCCUGUGUUUGCGGCACUGUCUUCCCCAGAGACCAGACUUGGUUUGAAGGUGUCUUCUUGUCCUCGAUGUGCCCUCUCAACGUCAGCAUGAACACCAUGUAUGGUAUCAUGUUUGAUGCAGGGAGCACUGGGACUCGAAUUCAUGUUUACACCUUCGUACAGAAAAUACCAGAACAGCCUCCAACACUGGAAGGGGAAAUCUUUGAAUCUCUGAAGCCAGGUCUUUCUGCCUUUGCAGAUCAUCCAAAGCAGGGUGCUGAGACUGUUCAAAGACUCUUAGAAGUGGCCAAAGAAUCAGUACCCCCAAGUCACUGGAAAAGGACCCCAGUGGUGUUAAAAGCUACAGCAGGACUCCGACUCCUGCCAGAUCACAAAGCCCAGGCUCUACUCUUGGAAGUAAGCGAGGUCUUCAAAAAAUCACCUUUUCUGGUACCAGAAGAUAGUGUUAGCAUCAUGGAUGGAUCUUAUGAAGGAAUAUUAGCCUGGAUUACUGUGAAUUUUCUAACAGGUCAGCUGCAUGGUCAAAAUCCAAAGACUGUUGGGACUCUGGACUUGGGAGGGGCAUCCACCCAAAUCACAUUCCUGCCCCAGUUUAAGAAAACCCUGGAACAAACCCCCAGUGAUUACCUCACAUCCUUUGAGAUGUUCAACAGCACAUAUGAGCUCUACACACAUAGUUACUUAGGAUUUGGGCUAAAAGCUGCUAGACUUGCAACCCUGGGAGCACUGGACACGGAAGUAAUUGAAGGACAGACAUUCCGAAGUUCCUGUCUACCCAAGUGGUUGGAGGCAGAAUGGGAUUUUGGGGGAGUGAAAUAUCAGUAUGGUGGCAGACAUGAAGGAGAGACAGGGUUUGAGGCCUGCUAUUCUGAAGUGCUUCAGGUGGUUCGAGGAAAACUUCACCAGCCAGAUGAGAUCCGCAAAAGCUCCUUCUAUGCCUUCUCUUAUUAUUAUGACAGAGCGGUUGACACAGACAUGAUUGAUUAUGAAAAGGGAGGCAUUUUAAAAGUGCAAGACUUUGAAAAAAAAGCCAGGGAAGUGUGUGAUAACUUGGAAAAUUUCACAUCGGGCAGUCCAUUCCUGUGUAUGGAUCUCAGCUACAUAACAGCCUUAUUAAAGGAUGGCUUUGGGUUCAUGGACAGCACUAUCUUACAGCUCACAAAGAAAGUGAAUAACAUAGAGACUGGCUGGGCCUUGGGUGCUACCUUUCAUCUACUACAAUCUCUAGACCUUUCCUACUGAGGCCCAAGUACUUCCUACAAGGACUACAAUUGCCAAUCAGUGACCUUUCCAGAAGGAGGAGUGACGGGCCCAUUCACACUGCUGAAUGAGCCCAGAACACCAUGGACCAAAGCCAAGCAGCUCACUCCAUGGGGAGCUAGCGAAAUUAGUGGAUGGGAUUUGACCUAGAUCCUUAUGAUUUCUGUUUAAUUACUUAUACACAUUUAAUGUGAGCCAUCACCUGACUUCUCUGAAUGUUUGGAGCCAUUACCAGAGUCUUAAAACAUUUGAGUGAGCCUCUGACUGCAUUGUGAAAAAAACAAUUAUCAGCCAAAAAGGGAGAAUUAGGAAUUCUGCCCUUGGGUUGGGCUCCAAGGAACAAACUCUAAGAGUCAACUCUGCACCCCCAACAAGCUUCAGAAUCAAAUUCUGGAUAUCCAUGUGGGACCAAAGAAAGCUAAAAGAAAAACCAACCUUUGGAAUUCUCAUCUCUUUUGAAAAGCUCCAACUUGUCUAUAUGUUAAAAUGAUUCCUUUAUAAUCCCAUAACCUAUUUAACAAGUGUUCUUUUUUUUUUUUGCCUUGUGGGGAAACCCUAGGUCUUCACCAAUGAAUGGCUUUGAAUCUGAAAUCAUGUAUAGUCAGCAACCUGUAUCCAAGCUGAGUGCCUUUUAGUGAAGAGGAUUGGGGAAUUCCUGUGAUAAAAUAGUCUCAAGGGCAAUCUCACGAUUAUUUCCAAACUAUGCUAAAUGCAAUAUUCAGGAACCCAGAAACCACCUUCCCCCUGGCUGAGGCCGUCCCCUGGAUUAUCAUAGAUGUUGAUUAUUCAUUCCAAAGAAAAGCCCAGCAGUGCACCAAGGAUAAACUGUUCUUUUCUCUCAUCACAUCUUUUAAGCUGGUUGCUUUCUAAUGAGGAUAUUUGGUCCAUCUGACCCAAUGCUUUGUUGCCAGCAGCAGACCUAAGGGCCAUACCAUUACAGAUUAUUGUCUUCCUUAAACAUGAAUCUUAGAGAUUUAGAGAUGCUUUGGCUUCUCUUGGUAGGCACUUAGGUUCCAUCACUUUGGAACAAGCCUUUUAAAAAAUCUAUUUUCUAUUUGUAUCAGUGCUUGGGCUAAUGAGUCUCAUAAUCUCUUUGCUAUCUUGCUCUAAAACUCUGAUUCUGUAUCCUUCUAACAAAAGGUUUAAAAGAUAGCUCCUGAUCCUGGUAUUUCCAUCUCUGGUGAACAAAUUUGUAUAUUCACCUCAUCCACAACAUUAACAUUUUUAUAGAUUUUAAUCAUGUCUUCUCUCCCAGUUUUUGUUUGUUUCUCCUAUGACAACCUUCCAUUUAUUUUGGUUGCCAAUCUCUAAUUCUUUUAUAAUUCCAUCAGGUCUUUCUUUUUGAGGUUUGGCAGCCAGCACUGCCUCCAGUAUUACCUGGGUGGAUGUCCUACAGUUUUAAUGGAAGGAUAGGACAAAAAAGUUUUCUUUUCAAUACCUUUUUUGAUGAGACUCAACAUUGUUAGUCUUUUGGGCCACAGCAACAAUGGCAUCUUCAGGGAACAAUCUGAUCUUGCAAGUCAUUACUACCCACUAUCUGAUCACUAAAACCUCUUGAUUUUUUUUGUAUGUUUGAAUUGUUAAUCUAAACGUGCAUUUCCUAAUACUUGUCCCCCAUGAAAACCCAUCUGCUAGAUCUGUCCACUAAGGUCUUCAUGUAUAACAAUACCUAACAUCUUAAGGUUUGUAUAGUGUUCCCACAUAGUCUCUCAUUUGAUCUAUAGUUGUUGCCUAUCUAAAAAAGCUUAUCUUCUGCAAAUUUAGAGAUUACUCUGUGUGCUUCUCCCUCCAGGGCAUUUUGCUAUCAUUAAUCCCUCAUUCCUCUCCUUUCUCCCUGCCUCACCCUGGAUUUCUCCAUUCAAAAAAGUACCUAUUUUCUCACUGUAGUCCAGAUUUCAAGUCAGAAAAUCACCCCUAAAUCCCAGAAUGAUUUAAUUUCUUUAGUAGUUUUUGAUGUCAAACUUUGUCUAAAUCCUCUUCAAAGUCUAGUCAAAUGAUGCUCAUCCACUGGUUCCCCUUUUGAGUUCAGUCACUCAAUUGCGUCUGACUCUUAAUGAUCCCAUUGACUAUACUGUCUGUGGAGUUUUCUUGGCCAAGAUACUAGUGGUUUGUCAUUUCUUUCUUCAGUGGAUUAAAGCAGAGGUUACAUGACUUGCCCACGCACCCAGCUAAUGUCUGAGGUCACAUUAGAACUUCCUGACUCUAGCCUUAAUGCUCUAUCCACUGAGCCAUCUAGUUGCCUUCUAGGCAGGUUAAAUGACUUGCCAAGUUCACACUGUAAGUAUCUGAAAUUGGACUUGAAUUCAGGUCUUCCUGACUCCUGGGCAUUCUAUCCAGUGAGCUAUCUAUCUAGCUGCCAUUGAAGAGAGUAAGCUCUUAGUAAAGAUGCAUCAGAAUUAGCAUGACUUCCUCCUGCAGGAACCAAGUCGUCUUUUCCCUCCAUUCACAUUCAGUGAUCUAUCCUUUAAAUUGCCAAUUUCCCUGAUGUAGAAGUGAGACUUGCUGGGCUUCCUCACAUUCUCUCAAGCAUCCUAAUGCACAAAGGUCACCUUUUUCGUCACCUGGCACUCUGGCAGAAAUAAUCUAAAACAGCAAAUUAUACCCCCAUGGUCACUCAAGUUUUUGAAAUUCAGAAUCAUGUCACCAGAUCCCAGUGCUUCAUGCCUACUCUGAUUUUGUCAUUCUGACUUAGAACAUCUUGAGCUAUGGAAUCUAGUACCGUCAGCUUAUGCAUUUCAGGGGGGAAUUUAGGAGUAGAGGUUGUCCUAAUAACCCCCUCAAAGAGGGUUAUGUCCUUCAUCUUCAUUCAUUCAAUAAGCAUUUAUCAUACACCUAUAGGGUAUUGCUGUUGUAAUGCAUCAUGGUAGGUGCUGAGAAAGACAUAAAAAAUAGUUUCUAUCCUUAAGGAGCUUAAAAUAUAGGUGUGAUAAGAUGUAUGUUAAGAUAUAAUACAGCAACAGCUAGGUGACUCAAUAGAGAGAAAGCCAGACUGGGAGAUGACCGAUUCUGGGUUCAAACCUGCCCUCUCACUUCCUAACUGUGUGACUCUGGGCAGUCAUUUAACCUCCUCUACCACUCUACUGCCUUGGAACCAAUAUGAAUCUAAGACAGAAGGUAAGGUGGUGUUAUGGUUUUGUUUUUUUUCAAAGGUGAGUGUGGGAGAACUAGAGGGCUCAGUGGACAGGCAUCUUGGGUUCAAGUCUGGCCUCAACACUUCCUAGCUAUGGUACCCUGGACAAGUCACUUAACCCCAAAUCACUUGCCUAGACCCUACCUGUUGUUUUGUUUUGGAACUGAUAUAUAGUACUGCUUUUCAGACAGAAGAUAAGGAUUAUAUAUAUCAUGAAUAAGAUUUUUUUUUCCUUACAAUAAACCUCUACUGGUUAAUUAGAAUGUGGCACAUUUUACUCAGACAUCCUGUAAAGUUUAUGGACAUAUGGUUCUGCUGCAUAUGUUACUAAAAUACAACGAAGGUACCACUUUUUCAGGAAUUUGUUCUUUUCUGCCACUCAGUGGGUUUUUGAUAAGUCAACUGAUUUCUUAUCAGAAUGUAGACUAAAGAUUGAAACUUAGGCCCACUGAAAAGCUAUCCUUUUAAGUGUUUUUAAUGUUUCAUCUCUUUUCCCAAAAUAAGCUCAUCUACUUAGUUUUCCCAUAUAUUAGUAAUUUCAAAGAAAAAUUUAGCACUACAACAUUUUCUUUUCUCUUUAAGUCUUUUAAUCAGACAACUUAAUUAUAACAGGCAAGAUGUGUUGGAGAAAUAAAAAUAUGGUACUCUGAAGUGCUAUGGCAACGUAGUCCUCUGACUCCAAGUAUCUUGCAGUAUCAGUAGGUUUUAGUGAUUUCCUGUGUCUCCAUCAAAGUCCCCCAAACAUCAUCUUUGUGCUAGUCAAAUAAGCAACCACAUUCAGUAGAAGUUUUCUAAUUCUAAGGAAUUAAGAUUAUAAAUAGCACCCCUUCGGAAAAAGAGGCUCUUAUCACAGCUGCCUCCAAAUAAAUUACUCAAUAAUUUUAGCUCUUGAGUUGAGAUCUAAGUCGGAGUGGACGCAGUUACCUGAGCUUAGGGCUGAGAGAGGCUUUUUUUUUCCCUUCCAUUUUUGCUCUUCUCAGAAUUUAAUCUCAGGAGCUUUUGACCAUAAUACUUGCACAUGAAACGUUGAGGGAGGUUGUAUGGUAUGUCAACAUGAGCGUAACUUUUGCUGCUAAUUUCCUUUUGACCUGGUUCCAGAGGUCCUCAAACCUGUGCAAUGAGAUUACUUAUUGUUUUGAUGUGGUCUCCCAAAGAGAAUAAAGCUAUAAUUUGAUGUGAGGAGGUGAUAACCAACAUUAACAGGAAAUGGUUUUCUCUUAGAAAGUUCAGUGCACCUAUAGCAAAAUUUAAAGUAAUUUAUUUUUAAUGUUAAUUUUUAAAUUCCUAAUUUUGUUAAAAAUGUCAACUGGAUGUAUGCAGCUCUCACAUCUAGUCAAAAUAUGGUGUGAAAAACAGAAAUACUGCCCUCAUCUAACUGUUAUUAAGGAAAAAAAGAUUACGUGGGCAGCAUUCUGGUGUCUAUUUUAAUAAUAAAAGGCUAUUUUCCACCACA